GAAGUGAUUUUGCUGGAGAUCCAAUUAGAGAUGGAGACUGGCGUUGCUCCGCAUAGGCUCAAGUUCAGCGUCUUUCUCAGCUUCCGAGGAUUCGACACGCGCGCCAACUUCUGUGAGCGUCUCUAUGUCGCUCUCAACGAAAAGCAAAAUGUGCGGGUCUUCCGCGACAACGAGGGUAUGGAAAAAGGGGAUAAGAUCGAUCCAAGUCUAUUCGAAGCCAUUGAGGACUCGGCUGCCUCCGUCAUCGUCUUAUCCAAGAACUACGCUAACUCUGCCUGGUGCCUAAAUGAAUUAGCUUUGAUCUGCGAGCUUAGAUCAUCUCUCAAACGUCCCAUGAUACCUAUCUUCUAUGGAGUCAAUCCCUCCGAUGUCAGCAAACAGAGCGGUCAUUUCGAGAAAGAUUUUGAAGAAAAAGCGAAAACUUUUGAUGAGGAGACGAUUCAGCGAUGGAAGCGAGCUAUGAAUUUAGUCGGAAACAUCCCUGGAUUUGUUUGCACAGAAGAGACUGUUAAAGAUGACAAUGAUGGCAUAAACAGAGAUAAAGUAGAUGAUAUGAUUGCGCUGGUGGUGAAAAAGGUUUUAGCUGAAGUGAGGAAUAGACCAGAGAAAGUUGCAGACUACACUGUUGGCCUGGAAUCUUGUGUGGAGGAAAUGAUAGAUCUGCUCGACUUUGAAUCCUCUUCUGGCGUUCAAAUCCUGGGGCUUUAUGGUAUGGGUGGUAUUGGCAAGACAACCCUCGCAAAAUCCUUCUAUAAUAAGAUCAUUGUCAACUUCAACCGUCAUCGAGUUUUCAUCGAAAAUGUUAGGGAAAAAUCAUCAGACCAAGAUGGUUUAGUCAAUCUACAAAAAACUCUCAUCAAGGAACUUUUCGGUUUGGUACCUGGAAUAGAGGAUGUUAGCAGAGGCCUGGAAAAGAUAAAAGAAAAUGUUCAUGAGAAGAAGAUUAUUGUUGUUUUGGAUGAUGUUGAUCACAUAGACCAGGUUAAUGCGCUGGUUGGUGAAACAAAAUGGUAUGGUGAUGGAAGUCUUAUAGUCAUCACUACCAGAGAUUCUGAGAUUCUGAGUAAGCUCUCAGUGAACCAACAGUAUGAGGUCAAGUGCUUGACUGAGCCGCAGGCGUUGAAGCUCUUUAGUUUUUAUUCACUAAGAAAAGAAAAACCUCCAACACAGAGUUUAUUGGAGUUGUCCAAGAAGAUUGCCGAGGUGACGGGACUGUUGCCACUGGCUGUUAAAGUGUUUGGUUCUCAUUUGUAUGACAAGGACGAAAACGAAUGGCAAGUUGAACUAGAGAAGCUGACAAAUACCCAACCAGACAUACUUCACUGUGUUCUGGCUCUGAGUUUCGAAUCUUUAGACGAUGAAGAAAAGAAAGUUUUCCUCGACAUUGCAUGUCUCUUUCUCAAAAUGGAAAUAACAAAAGAAGAAGUUGUCGACGUACUGAAAGGAUGUGGGUUUAAGGCCGAGGCUGCUCUCCGUGUUCUUAUACAGAAAUCUCUCGUUACAAUCAUGAAAGACGAUACGUUGUGGAUGCAUGAUCAGAUCAGAGACAUGGGUAGGCAGAUGGUCCUUAAAGAAUGCAGUGAUGAUCCUGAAAUGCGGAGUAGACUCUGGGAUCGUUGUGAAAUAAUGAACGUAUUGGACUAUAUGAAGGGAACAUCAUCCAUCCGAGGAAUCGUGUUUGAUUUCAAAAAGAAGUUUGUGAGGGACCCUACUGCAGAUGAAAUUGUCUCGAGGAAUCUACGCAACAAUCCGGGUAUCAACUCUGUGUGCAAUUACCUGAGGAAUAUAUUUAUAAGAUUUCGAGCAGAAGAAAAGCCAAAAAGGUCUGAAAUCACCAUUCCCGUUGAGCCUUUUGUACCAAUGAAGAAGUUGAGACUUCUUCAGAUUAAUAACGUGGAACUGGAAGGAAAUCUUAAACUUCUCCCAUCUGAACUCAAGUGGAUCCAGUGGAAAGGUUGCCCCUUAGAAAAUCUCCCUCCGGAUAUUCUUGCUAGGCAACUUGGCGUUCUUGAUCUUUCAGAGAGUGGAAUAAGACGAGUUGAUGAGAACUUGAAGGUUAUAAAUUUGCGUGGUUGCCACAGCUUAAAAGCCAUUCCGGAUUUGUCAAACCAUAAAGCCCUAGAGAAGCUUGUUUUUGAGCGAUGCAACCUUCUGGUGAAGGUUCCUAGAUCAGUUGGUAAUCUGAGAAAAUUGCUUCAGCUGGACCUCAGAAGGUGCUCAAAGCUAUCUGAAUUUCUUGUGGAUGUUUCUGGACUGAAGUGUCUUGAAAAACUUUUCCUCUCUGGCUGUUCAAAUCUAAGCGUGUUACCAGAAAACAUUGGUUCCAUGCCAUGUUUGAAAGAGCUUCUUCUUGAUGGAACUGCGAUAAGUAACUUACCAGACUCUAUUUUUCGCCUCCAAAAGCUUGAAAAGCUUAGUCUAAUGGGUUGCAGGUCUAUUCAAGAGCUACCUUCGUGCGUAGGAAAAUUGACAUCGCUGGAAGAUUUAUAUCUUGAUGAUACUGCAUUGCGAAACCUUCCAAUUUCUAUUGGAGAUCUAAAAAAUCUCCAGAAGCUGCAUCUGAUGCGCUGCACGUCCCUUUCUAAGAUUCCUGACACUAUCAAUAAGCUCAUAUCAUUGAAGGAAUUAUUCAUCAACGGAAGCGCGGUGGAGGAGCUACCUCUAGUCACCGGCUCACUGCUAUGUUUGGAAGACCUCUCAGCAGGAGAUUGCAAAUCUCUGAAACAGGUUCCGAGUUCAAUUGGUGGAUUAAAUUUUCUUCUCCAACUUCAGUUGAAUAGCACCCCAAUUGAAUCUCUACCAGAAAAGAUUGGAGACUUGCACUUUAUUCGCCAACUUGAGUUGAGAAACUGCAAAUCUCUGAAGGCUCUGCCUGAAUCAAUCGGAAAGAUGGACACACUCCAUAACUUAUAUCUUGAAGGCUCUAACAUUGAGGAACUGCCGGAAGAAUUGUGCAAGCUGGAAAAUCUAGUUGAAUUGCGAAUGAGCAACUGUACAAUGCUCAAGAGGCUUCCUGAAUCGUUUGGAGACUUGAAAUCUCUUCACCAUCUGUACAUGAAGGAAACUUUGGUCUCAGAGUUGCCAGAAAGUUUCGGAAACCUCUCAAAUUUAAUGGUACUGGAAAUGCUGAAGACGCCUCUUCGUAGAAGUUCUGAGAGUGAUGCUCCAGGUACAAGCGAAGAACCUCGUUUUGUAGAAUUACCACACUCUUUUUCAAACCUCUUGUCGCUUGAGGAACUAGAUGCUCGCAGCUGGAGAAUAUCUGGUAAAAUGCGGGAUGAUCUUGAGAAGCUUUUGUCUUUGAUGAAACUGAAUCUGGGGAAUAAUUAUUUUCACAGUCUUCCGUCUAGCCUUGUGGGGUUAUCAAAUCUCAAAGAACUUUCAUUAUGUGACUGCCGAGAGCUCAAGUGUCUCCCCCUUCUUCCGUGGAAACUGGAACAGCUAAACCUGGAAAACUGCUUUUCAUUGGAGAGUAUAUCCGACCUUUCAAACCUAAAGAUCUUGCAUGAGCUCAAUCUCACAAACUGUGUGAAAGUGGUUGAUAUUCCAGGCCUAGAGCACUUGACGGCUCUGAAAAAAUUAUACAUGAGCGGCUGUAACUCCAGCUGCUCCUUUCCAAGAAAAGACUUCAUACACAUUGUAAAGAAAAGACUUUCUAAGGCUUCUUUGAAAAUGCUACGGAAUCUGAGCUUGCCUGGAAACAGGGUCCCGGACUGGUUCUCACAAGGCCCUGUCACAUUCUCAGCUCAACCGAACAGAGAGCUCAGAGGCGUAAUCCUUGCUGUUGUUGUGGCUCGUAACCAUGAAAUUGGAGAUGACUACCAGAAGCCUAAUGUGGUGGGAGUUCAAGCCCAAAUUCUCAAACUUGAUCUACCCCUAUUCACCCACACAUUACACCUCUCUGGAGUGCCUAGAACUAGUGAUGAUCAACUCCACAUCUGCCGAUACUCAGCUUUUCACCCAAUGGUUACGAUGUUGAAAGACGGGUACACCAUACAGGUGAUCAAACGAAACCCACCAAUGGAAAAAGACGUUGAGCUAAAGAUGCAUGGGAUUCAUCUUGUUUACGAGGGGGAUGAUGAUUUUCCAGACAAAGAAGAUACAAUAACCGAGACUUAUUUAACCGUUUCUCAGAAACUUGCCAAUUUUUUCAGCUCUUUCGAAGAAGAAGGUGAAACCAGCUCAGAAAGUGAAUCUACUGUUACAUGAUCUGCUACCAAAGAGAAGUUAAGAAACUCUGCGCACAAACUGUUACGACAUGGUGAUGUAGCGUGUCCAAACAGGAUGUUGUCUUUUGGCUGUUGUGUUCAUCUUAUUAACCAUUCUCUUUUUCUCAUUGUCACCUAUUUUCAAACUCAUUUGCUUCUUUAAGUUCGUUCCUUCUAUGUUGUUUCUUAACCUUUGCUUUUAUAAUCAAUAAGAAAACCAAAA